UGCAUCCAUACGUCAAAAAGCCACCUCUGCCUCUCAGAUAGUGUGCUCAAAUCAUAGAAGAGAGAGAAAGAGGAUUUCUCUGGAUUCCAGGGUUUAUACUGCAGUUUUCAAUUUCUAAGGUUUCAAGAGACUGCAGUUUUCGAUUUCUAGGGUUUCAGGAGAGAGAGAGAGAGAGAGAGAGAGAGAGAGAGAAGGAGCUUUCUGCAAUUCCAGAACAGGAAACCACGUAGGGUUUUCUGUUUUCUAUUCUAGGUCAGAGUUCCUGCCUAUGUGUAUGGAGUAGUUGUGAGAGAGAUCGAGGAUUGCAAGGAGAUAGCUUUUCGCCAACUCCAUCAUCUUAUGUAGCAAAAACUUCUUCUGUGACAGCUCACUGUAUUUCAGAGAAAGUAUCAAAGUUGCAUCAGCAUAGUAAAGAAGCAAAAGCCGGUGUGCCUUUGCUGGUGGUUCAAAUAAACACAACAGGGUCUGUUUUUUCCAUCUAUAAAGAAACUUGGAGAUAUGCCAGUAUCUGAGGAGCUUGGAGUCGCUUUUCUUGGUCGGCAGUCCAGUGAUUCUUUUGCUGGCGUACCCAUCAAGAAAAGGAGAUUUCCGUUUCUUCGAUCUCCUUCUCCCUCUCAAAUACCUUCUUCACCGCAUGGGGAGCCGGACAGACUGCAAAAUGAACAGUCCAUCUCAGUACCGGAAUUAUCUCGGAUGCCGGUUUCAGAGAUUUCUGUUAAUACAAAGCGCUAUUCCUUGGAGGAUGGAGGAGGAUAUUCUGCUGAUAGAAAUUUAAAACUUUUGUCAAGCAAUGCAACUUCUCUUGGGUUACAUCUCCAGCAUUCAACAGGUACUGCCAGUGCUGGGGAGGAAAUGAACAAUGAGAAAAAAAAUAUUCCCGAGGAUCCAUUGGUAUUUCAGAGGGUUCCAGAAAAGACUGAACUGUUAUUAGCUCUGAAGGAACCUUUUGGUGAAGAAAAUUUUAUGCCAAAUGAUAAACCAGCUUUUCAGGGAGCUUCAGGAAAUACUGAAUUGCAACUGGGACUGGGGGAACCUUCUGGGCUGCCUGUAGAAGGUCAGAAUAAUGGAGGGAGCUCCCAGGAGCAAGAGAAAUUGCAUCAAAAUUCAUUGGUAGCCAGUGAGAGUUGCUUUGGUGCUCACGAGGGGAAGCUGAAAGGUCUAGCUUUGGCCGAGGAAGAAGAUAAUGUCCAUCAUGCCCAAUCAAAUGCUGGUUGCACUCCUUUGCCUGCGGAAAGAUCGCAGUGGGAUUUGAAUACUAUGAUGGAAACUUGGGAUGACCCUUCUAGCCAUUCGGGUAUGAACCACCCAGCAAAUGGAACUGAUGGGUUGGAUCUGGGGAGCAUGUGUGACCAGAAGUCUGUGAUAGGCCCAAAGGAUACGGGUCUUAAAGAACAAGAAGGGACUUGUUCAAAACACUCACCUGUUGAAAGUAAGAGUGAUAUAAAAUUAUCAAGCUCCACCACACUUCCUGAUGAAGAUCAUAACUUUAAGGCUCGCCUUCUUAAGCAGCUCAGUCCACCUCUUUGUUUGCUGGCGUCCUUGAGUCAAGGCCCUGCUAGUGAAUCAAGUAAAUUAAAUUCAAUGGGAAAAGCAUCUGUUCUGAAUUUGUCAGGUCAACCAAUGCCAUCAAUGAGUAAUGUGAAACUGGUUGGUUUAAAACCUGUAAAAUCAGAACCACUCGAGGUGGGUAGUCUAGGAGGCUGUAAAACAGUUGAACGCUGCAUUCUGAAUUUGGUAAAUCAGAGAACCCCUAAACCUGAACCAUUUGAUGGGACCGGUCGAUUAGGCAUUAGGAUUCCACAUCCUAGCAGGCUGAAGUCUAUAGAUUCUAGAGCUGUAAAAUCUGAACUGUUGGAGGAGAGUAGGCAAGAAUGCCCCAAGGCAGUUGAGGGGAUAUCAAGCCAGUUGGAGCUUCAUAGUUAUGCCUCAGAAAUGCCCAUUAAUGGAGAGGUAGCCCCAACGAGUGAAAAUGUUGUCAAGACCUCAGGUUUAGAAUCUGUAGGUCCCGAUGGUCAAGAAUUGGUGGUUAGUGACCAGAUGGUGGACACUGCACAAAUGACUUCUUCUGAGGGUGCAGAUUCCAAAUCAUCUAAAUCCAUUUCAGAUGAGCUUCAUGUCCAUUCAUCUGUGAAUGACGGAGUAGCUGAAGGUUAUAGGGAUGAGAAUGUUAACAAAUCAGGUGAUAUCCUUGUAGAUGAUCCUCCCACUCAUGAACUUGAAUCAGUUGUUUCCCAAAAUGCAGUUGGCAUGAUGAGUAUGGUGGGUAAGCAACAGAGUGAUGAAUAUGACUAUGAAGAUGGUGAGGUCAGAGAACCAUUGGUGCAUAAUACUAUUGAGGGUAUCAGUGAUGUGGGAAAUGCAGGAAAUAUAGAUCAUGAACAUUCAGAUGUUAAGGAAGCUGAUGAUUCUGGCAUUCCUAGGGAUGAUUGUGCUACUAUAUCAUCACAUAUUGAGGGUGGAGAGAGUAAAACAGAGGUUCCUUGUGAAACAAGUGAUCAUUGUAUUGGAGGAGAUGAUAGUGCUCCUAGCAGUGAGAAGAAAGAUCAAGGUAACAGUGCAGUGCCAUCCACUGAAGUGGAGACUGUUGCAUCUGGAAAGAAGAGACCUGGCAAGGCCACUCGGAGGAUACCACGGGUUUGCUCGAAGGGCAUUGAAACAAUGCCUGAUCCAUCUGUUGGUGAAAGUCAAGAAACAGUCACAGAUGAUGGCCAGGGUGACAGUAAAAACCAACGGGAGAAGGUCAAAGAACAUAACCCAGUGGAAGCUAGCCAAGCAAAUAUCCCCAAGAUGCAGCCAUGUGUAACUGGUGAAGAAGCAAAUAAAGAUGUUCAUGGUAAGGGUAACCGUAGCCGUAUCAUCAACUUGGCUCGGGCUGAUGAUGGAUCUUCAUCAGGAAGACCAAGAUCUAACCCAGUUAGGUCAUUGCCAUCGCGAACUGGAAAAGAGAAAUUUCCUGACAGGGGUGAUAAGUUACAUCCACGGGGGAGCAGAGAUGAAAUCUGCAUGGAUGGGUUUCGGAAAUUUGACAGAGAGAGGAACCAAAAUCAAUCAGUUGGAAAAUCUGAAUCGGUUUUUUUACCCGUCAGAGGACGGAUCGACAACUGGUCAGAUGCUUUAGGUGACUCAAAUCGGGAUUAUGCUUCUGAACAAUAUCCAAUCACAACUGAUUUUCAACUCCCUAGACACAAGAAAGCCACUGCUUUUGCUGCCACAAAAGACAGCUUUGUUCCACCAGAUGGUGCUAUGGUAAAUGCUGCCAGGGCAGGGGGGAAGCCUAAAAAUGACGACAUUCAAAGUUUCCGCCAUCUGCAGUUAAGAAGGCAAUCUCCUGGAGGGAGAGAUGGUCCCAUGCCACUUGGCAUGCAAAUGGUCCGCUUACCUUUGAGAGACACUAGCCCGGAUAGGUGCAUUGGUGGAGGUGGUCCUGAGAUGGUUCUACUUAGGCAGGCUGGAGGGAGAGAAGGGCCCAUGCCACUUGGAGUGCAAAUGCCCCGUAGAUCUCUGAGAGACAUUAGCCCCGAAAGGUGUAUCGGUGGAGAUGGCCCUGGUAUGAUUGUUCUCAAGCAUCAGGAAAAUUUCAUUAGGGGCAUGCCAGAUAUGAUGGAUCCUUUAUUUACACGCCGUCGACCUCAAUAUCCAAGAUUAGAAAAUCCAUUCAUACGGAGAGAGAGGAGUCUUUCUCCUAUCCAAAGGAGACGUUCUCUACGUGGGCCUCAAGGUUCCUCCAGAUCUCCUCCAAGAUCGCGCUCUCCUUGUCAAGGGUCUCCACCUAGAAGGAGAUCUCCUGCUGGGUUCGAUGGACGUGCGGAACUGAUGCAUGGCAGGCCUCCACAGAUUUUCAGAGUUGAAAGAAUGAGACCACCUCAUGGCCACCCCUGCUUUCCAGAAAAUGUGAUGGGUAGGAGGCAUGGUUCGCCUCCUUUCAUGUCCCGAUUGUCGAAUGACAUUAGAGAUGCAGGUCCUCCAAGGGAACAUGAGAGACGCCUUUUGAUUCGCAGGAGUCCAUCUGGCAGGGUUACAAGGAGAAGCACUAGGAGGUUGGAGAUGAUAGACCCUCGAGAAAGGAUGGAAGGCGACGAGUUCUUUGUAGCUUCGCACUCUGGGCGAGGUCAUGAGCUUGCGGAUGAUGAAUGUGUUGAUGAGAGACGGAAGUGUAAUGAGGGACGAGGACUGGUUCGUCCGUUUAGGCCCUGUGAUAUCGGUGCUGAUGCUGAAGCCUUUGCUUAUCAUGCAGAAAAUGGUUCUAGGCCUGGUAGAAUUUGUCCUGAAGAUGAUGCAGAAUUCCGUGAUCGAGCCGUGUCUAGGGACUUCGACCGCCAUAUCAAGUUCCGACUAGGGAACCCUAGGAGACCAAGAAGCAUAGAGGAGCAAGAGGAGAAUUAUGGGCAUGGUGGUCCGGGAUGGCAUGACCCCAAUUAUGAUGGUAUCCGACUGAAAAAGAGAAGACUCUAAUCAUCUUCAUUUUCACUGGUAUGGUUCUGCUCUGUCGAUGUAGUUGCUAACUCAUACGCGUGCUCUUCGAAGUGAAGAAGUAUACAAUAUGCUCAAAGCUACCCUUGGCUUUUAGCUGGUGAAUAAGUAAUUGUAGGAAAUUCAGCUUGGCCAUUUCAGUGAACAUGGGCAUCUUAGCUCAUCCUUAAGCAAUAAGCAGCCAAGGCUUUUACUGGUCUGUACAUAUGGAGUCUUCAUGAUCUUGUUGUUUACUGUUUUCGUCCAAGACGAUAUAUUGCUAGUUGAUUUUAGACCGUCCAGCUGAUUAUCCUUUUGUAAAGAGCUGUUCUGUGCUACUAAGUUCUUUAUCGAAGCGCCAUUUAUAGGCUCCUUGCAAAAUCUCUUCAGUUCUUUAAUUGGGAGUACAGGUAGGCUUUCAGAUUUCUGAAUUGUCAGGAAGAUUCAAUGGCUGAAAUUGGUUUGUGUAUUUUGAACUGCACUUCUUGGUCCAUGCAACAAGCCUUUCAUACUCAUUGCCAUCUCAUUCCACCGUCAUAAAUUCAUCGUAGUGGGAGAUGAUGAUUCCCAGAAGUUGAGGGGUAUGCACUCUCUGCUGUUGAAGAUGGGGGAAAUUGGGUUUGUUUUACACUUGUUUCACGAAAUCUUCUAUGCUGUUUGCAUUAAGAUAACAAACUGGACUUCACGCAGUUGCAUGAUUGGUCGUGUGAUCAAAUGUGCAGUUUGGAUUGAGCAGCGGUUUGAGAGGGAUCUCUACUGGGGUUCUAAAUUCAAUUGCCAUCCGUAUCACUAUUUUUCUCGAAACAUUGGUUACGUUUGCGUGUUGGCUUCUGUGGAAUGUAUAUGCAAUUGAUGUUCUUUUUGGUUGAUAAUGCUCAAGUGAUGUUGAAAUCAUUGUCAAAUGAAGGAAGGUUGUCCAGUCGUAUGAUAGGAGAGCCCCCAAUGUAGGCAGGUGUGGUUGAACUGACUGAUCAUUGUCAUCAUAUGUUAAGUCUUUUCCUGAUUAAUUGGGGUCCACUGUGGUUGAACUGAGUCAUUGAUGAAAUUUUCUUCCUAGCGGUGAGGUAUUCAUCAAUGUGA